AUGGCGCCUCCGAAACCGUCUUGCGCGGCGGCGCCGCCGCGGGAGCAGUACUCUCGUCAGUGCCCGGCCGCUGCGCCGCGCCCCGCGGUGCGACGAGCUCUGACGACAAGGACAAGAACUGCGUGGUGUCCUGAUCGCGCGCGGCGUCGCUGCGAGCGCUGGGCGCGGGCCUCAUGGGCUGCGCGGCGCUGCGCGGACGACUGCGCGCCAUCUUCCAAUGGAAGACUUCUCUUGUUUAAGCUUGGAAAAUUGGUAUUAUCCCUGGAUGUGGCUACAGGAGCUAUUUACUUUUCUGUUUGCCAUUGA